UUUCAGACUUGCGCUCGACGGGAAAUGCGGGAAAUCGAAAGUGAAACGUGGAGCCAGCUAUUAUCUGCGGAGUCCCUUGAAAAGGCCACCCCGAGAUCUCCCCGGCGCUGCUUCAUAGCCCGGCAGCACCAUGGCCUCAGCACUGACCUUGGCAAGGAUGUGGGAUGAGGUCACGUGCUCCAUCUGCCUGGACCCCAUGGUGGAGCCCGUGAGCAUCGAAUGUGGUCACAGCUUCUGCCAGGGAUGCAUCUCCGAGGUUGGGAAGGAGGGGGGCAGCGUCUGUCCUGUGUGCCGGCAGCACUUCCUGCUCAGGAACCUCCGGCCCAAUCGGCAGGUGGCCAACAUGGUGGAUAACCUCAAAGAGAUGAGCCAGGGGGUCAAGGAAGGCCCGCAGUGGGAGCUGUGUGCGGUGCACGGAGAGAAGCUUCACCUGUUCUGUAAGGACGAUGGGAAGGUCCUUUGCUGGGUGUGUUCCCAGUCCCAGAAACACCGCGACCACACCAUGGUCCCCAUUGAGGAGGCGGCUCAGGAGUACCAGGAGAAGCUCCAGGUGGCACUCGAGAAACUCAGAAAUAAACAGGAGCAGGCUGAGAAGCUGGAAGCGGAUGUUGCAACAAAGAGAGCAGCCUGGAAGGGGAAGGUUGAGGCCCACAAACUGAGGAUCCACGAAGAGUUUGUCCGGCAGAAAAACUUCCUGGCAGAAGAGGAGCAGAGGCAGCUGCAGAAGCUGGAGGAGGAAGAGCGGGAACAGCUGAGAGCCCUGGGGGCCACAGAGGCCAGGCUGGCCCAGCAGAGCCAGGCCCUGCAGGAGCUGAUCGCAGAGCUGGAGAGGAGGAGUCGGGGCCCCGUGCUGGAGCUGCUACAGGAGGUGAAGAGUGUCCUGGAAAGGAGUGAGUCUUGGAACCUGAAGGAGCUGAACGUCAGCUUCCCAGACCUGAGCAGCUUGUGCUAUGUGCCGGGGAUUAAGAGGAUGCUGAGGUCAUAUGCAGUGCACGUCACUCUGGACCCCCUGACGGCCAGUCCGUGGCUCGUCCUUUCAGAGAAUCGGCGACAAGUGAGGCUAGGAGAGACCCGGCAGGAAGUGCCUGAAAACGAGGAGAGAUUUGAUACCUACCCCAUGGUCCUGGGUGCCCAGCACUUCCACUCUGGGAGACAUUACUGGGAGGUGGAUGUGGCCGGCAAGGAGGCCUGGGACCUGGGUGUGUGUCGAGACUCCGUGAAGAGGAAGGGACAUUUUUUGCUCAACCCCAGCAAUGGCUUCUGGGCCAUCUGGCUGUGGAACAAACAAAAAUAUGAGGCUGGCACCUGCACGCAGACUCCCCUCUACCCUCAGGUGCCUCCGAGCCGCGUUGGGAUCUUCCUGGACUACGAGGCCGGCUCCGUCUCCUUCUACAACAUCAGCGACCACGGCUCCCUCAUCUACAGCUUCUCAGAAUGUGCCUUCGCUGGACCCGUACGGCCCUUCUUCAAUCCUGGUUUCAAUGACGGUGGAAGAAAUGCACCCCCCCUGACCCUCUGUCCACUGAGGACGGGCUGGUAGGGAUCCAGAGACUGCCGGUGGCAGCGCUUCUCUGUGAGCCCCUCUCAGCCAAGAGCCCUGCCUCAUUUGCCCCUGGACGCCCAACCACCGUUACCCCUGCAGAGGUGUCAGGAUAUGAGCAAGCAAACGCUGGCAGAGAGGCCACGGGGGGUCUGUGUCAAAUGACCUUCAACACCCAGAUUCCUGCCCUCCGUUGCUUCAUGAGCCCCUCCAUGAGCCAGCCACUCGUAUCUGGCCCCAAACUCAUCUGGAUCAGCUGAAGCAUGUUCUCCUCUCCAUCUCCGGGCCUCUGCUCAGAUCUCUCCUGUAGAUCUUGCAAAGGGCUUCCUAAAUAAAUUGGGCCUCCGUCUGCCCCACCAGU